CACGGUUUUGCCGAGCGGCUCCAAACCCACCCGUUACCUUGACAAAACUGAACCGGAGCUUGAAUUCACGACAUCGCGGUCCCCCGUCCACCCGUAGCAUAUCCCACACGCCCAUCAUGUUGUCGCGACAGGCCCUGCUCCGCCCCGCGCGGGUUCUCAACACCCAGGUCCGCACCUAUGCUGCUGCCGCCGCCGCCUCCAGCAAGGUCAAGCCUCCCGUGACUCUCUUCGGUCUCGACGGCACCUAUGCCACUGCUCUGUACACGGCCGCCGUCAAGACCAGCGCCCUCGAGCCUACCGCCAAGGCCAUCAGCAGCCUCGGCAACCUCCUUGCUAAGGACCCUAAGCUCGCCAGCAUCCUCGAGACCCCCACCCUCUCCCCCGCCGACAAGAGCGCCAUCGUUGCCGAGCUCCAGAAGAGCGUCGGUGUUUCCAACGAGACCGUCAAGAACUUCCUUGCCACCCUCGCCGAGAACAACCGCCUCGGUCUCCUCCCCAGUGUCGUCGCCAAGUUCAGCGAGCUCAUGAGCGCCGCCCGCGGUGAGGUUGAGAUGGUCGUUACCAGCGCUCAGCCCCUCGACAACAAGACCCUCAACCGCCUCGAGUCCGCUGUUGCCAAGUCCCCCUACGUCGGCUCUGGCAAGAAGCUCAAGGUCACCAACAAGGUCAACGCCGACAUCAUCGGUGGUCUCGUCGUCGAGAUCGGUGAGCGCACCAUCGACCUUUCCGUCUCCUCCAAGAUCGCCAAGAUGAACAAGCUCCUUAGCGAGGCCCUGUAAAUUCUACAAUUAUCCGAGUUUCCUAAGAAGAGCAGAGCAAAUCUUAUAGCAUGAACAACCUCCAAACCGACCGACUAUUACGGCUCUCCUGAUUGCGCGUCUCUACUGGAAUGGGCGAAAGUGAAGCAGCGCAUACGUUACGUCAUCUGCUAUAAAAGGGAGUUAAACUCCUGUGUUGCGGACAUGGUCUUUGGGGCAUCAGCAGCAGCAGGAAAGACGGGAGGAAGGGGGAAGAAAAGGGGAACGAACCCCCUUUUGUGUGUAGGAUGAGCUUGGAAUUUUAAAAGAUUCUACAGCCAGUCAAUUCUCUCUCGAGAGUGUCCCUCGUUGUUUCGUGUUUUGGACUCUUGUUGUUGCCACAAAAAAAAGGGCAAAACAGUGCAAAGGUUUCCUGACAUGUUGCACUGGGUUUAUGGGAGGUGAGUGUUUCCAAGAUUAUUCAGGCCCAUAUUCAAUUUCAGCAGGCAUGCAUGGCCGUGGUUGUGUUACCAGAGGCAUAGACCUGCUUGACGCAUGACACUUGCUUCGGCUGAGAUAAUCGGGCCCGAUCAAUACGUACCACUUCCUCCUACCGGACAGCAACUUACCUACUUAUCUACCUUAUCUUACCUACUCUGUAUACGACAUGCCGUCGCUGUCAAGAGUCUGCAC